AGUAAAUACGCAGUCCCGCCUCUCAUUACGUAGCCUUUACUCCUCUUUGCCCACCGAUACUAUAAUACGGAAAUGUUCACACUUCACACAGCAUACGCCAUACUUCACAGUUCACAAGUUUAAAAUGUACAGACUGAGACAUCUGGUGAUUUUUUUUUAUUAGAAGACAUAAAAUGUUAAAAUGAGAACUAUUUGUAAAGUUAAAAAAAUCGUAGCUGUGAACACCUGCGUUUAGUGUUGAAACCUUACAAGUUACGAUUGAAACGUUCACUAUGUGCUGUUAUUAAUCAUAGUUGCAGUGAUUUGAGAUUUUGAUUGUCGUGCUUUUUAUUGCAAACAUCAAGAUUCUUUGUCACAAACCCUGUAAAGAAGGAUACUGAAAUGGUUCAAAAGAAAAUCCAAGAAACUCCACUACCUGAAGCUCCACAGCCAGAAGUACCAGAACAGAAAGAUGUCCCAAAGAUUGCAGUCAAUGUGCCGGUACCUCCAGCACCAAGCUCUAGGUUCAGCAUUCCGUCACUGACAAAGACCCCACCAAAUGAGCUAUACCGGAAACUGUUGCCAGCCAUAUUAUUUGUGCUAACAUUUGUUACAGUAAUGACUAUGUUGCUGAUUUACAUGGACACAGUUGCAUUAGGCGCUCAGCAGUUCAGACUGAACAUGUCUCGCGACUAUGACCUCGCCAACAUCCCGGCCGAGUCAGCGACGCUGGUGGCCUACGUGCGACACCUCCACAUGGCUCCCCGACCACCCAAGAACCCUCCUCCCGAGCCCAAGAUAACUGACCGGGUGGAGGUCCUCGACAGAUUAUAUGGAGAGCUUUAUAAUGAAACAUUUGUGGAGUUCUUGCCAAGUGGAGGGCGAGAUCCCACGAUGCUGUAUCUGGAGAGGGUUCGUGGCUGGCGAGGCGUGGCGGUUCGGGCGGCGCCCCGGGACUUCCUAGCCCUGCGGGGGGCUGCUAGUGCACUCCAUGCUUGUCUCAGCCCCACCCCCCAUCCGAGAGAGGUGAGCUACCAGGAAGAAGAAGAAGGCGAGGGCGGCGUGUCGUUCAGGUCGCGCGUGCUGUGCCUGCCGCUGCACACCGUGCUGCUGGCGGCCGACGCCACUCGCGCCGCCUACACGCUGCUGGCGGCAGGGCCCGCGCCCGCCGCGCUGUCGCACCUGCCCUUCACCAGCACCAGGCUGCAGGUGAUCGAGGUCCGGUCGUCCGACAUGGCCGCAAGGAACAAGACCAGUGAUAUUCUGCUCGCUAACAACUAUACCGUGGUCGCCAACUUCCACGACAGCGUCAUGUUCGCUCUCACCGACUCCCUGACCCGCGCUCGCGUGUAGCGGCCGAUCUCUGUAUUAUAAUAAUUUUAUCCUCAGGUUGUUCUAUUAGUGAUUGAUACGAUUUGCCUCACCACCGGAUUUAUAUACAUUUUUUUACUUGCCACAGCGGAAUAGUUGAACAAACGUAACAAGAUUUAUGAAUAGUCUAGGUAUCAGACUGUUCACUUAGGGGUGAAGUUAAUAACGUUAAGAGCGCGUAAACACAGACUAUUAAUAAGUCAAUACGUAACAGAAUAAUCACUCCAUUAUCAAAAUCAAGUACUUACGAUUAAUAAACCUACUCCUUCCCACUGUCAGCUAACAAGCCUCACAGCCGCUCGACUUAGCGUCUCUUGUACAGCUAUCUGUAUGUUCACUUUUAUAGGUUUGUUAGGGUGUUUUAUUUAAUUCACGUAUGUGUUAUGUCACGGUGCUUUUAAUUGGGUACUUCGCAGGAGACAAGCUACUCGUGAAUACGAACAACUUUUUGUAUGGGACCAACUUUCCUACUCCAAACAAAGAAACAGCUAUUUCAUACAUGUUGGUCGUGUACGAAUCGACAUUUUGUAUGACACUGCUGUUUUUUUCGACUAGUAAAGUUGAAAAUCGUCAUGUAUUAAUAAUCUGUAAGAAAUUAUAAUUCGGAAAAGUAUGUUUUUUAAUUGCUUACAUGAUUCAUGAUGCGUUGUAAAAUGAUUUUCAAAUAUUUUAUUAAAUUCAAAGAACCUAAAUCAUCUGGACGUUGUUUUGUUAGAUGUUAAUUAUAGAUCUCGAAUGUUUCUACUCAGGUUGGUUUUCUUUUUAAUUUAUGUUUUAGUACAUUUUGGCGUAACUGCUUCCAAAUAGUUUGGCCAACCGUGCGACGCAUAAGUACCUCAAUGUGUCGCCACCUUACAUAAUAUAUUAUCUGAAUUACCUAAAUGUCUAAAUGAAUGAUCAAAUAUAAAUCGCAUAACCGCUAUUCAUUUAGAAUACUUAAGUUAUACUUAUACUUAAGUACACUUGAAUCUCAUAAUCUAUUUAAUUAUUGAAUAUGACAUACAUUUGUAACUUUUACUAUCGAGAUAAAUAGAUCAUGUAUUUUUGCUAAUUAUUUAGAUCUACCCACAUUUUAUAUAUUUCAAAUUAAAUAAACCACUAGGUACCAUACACUAGGUAUAAAUUAAAUAAACUAUACAUGACGUUAAAAUCGGCGCAAGAUUGUAAGUUGUAACCAAGUAUUUGUAUUGUAGGCUUAGUUCUGAUGUUAGGUGACCACUUAACUAAUUAAGAAUCGCAACGUCGAAAUUCGUCCACAAGUGGAUUAAUAGUUAUCGAAAUAUAUUAUUUUAAAUUAACCAGUGGGAGGCUCCAUUACACACGAUUCCGGCUAGAUUAUGGGUACCACUACGGCGCCUAUUUCUGUCAUGAAGCAGUAAUAUGUGAGCAUUAUUGUGUUUCUAGUGAAAUUUCUGGACAAAUGAGGUUUAAUAUCUUAUGUCUCAAGGCGCGAUUGUAGUGUCACUCAGAGUUUUUGGGUUUUUCAAGAAUCCUGAGGGGCACUGCAUUGAAAUGGGCAGGGUGUAUCAAUUACUAAUCACAUGAACGUCCUGCUCGUCUCGUCUCUUACUAUCAUAAUAAAAAUUUAAAAUCUUUAAUUCUCGUAAGGCAACGAACCACCAUUCAUGAAGGCGGUGUGUAGACAUGAUUAGGGGAUAUCCUCGCAGAGGUGAUCACGUUCUGUGUGUUCCAUAUGUGUCCGUUAAUGUCUGCUAAUAGUUUUGCAUAUACAUCUAAAACAAGUCAUUGUGGGCGAAAUUCGAUGUGUUUAGUAUGAACCUACAUACAUACAUACACACACGUGCCUUGAAUACAUUGUGUUAUAUACUUGACAUUGUACCCUGCGGGGCACAUUGUCAUCUAAGAUUAUUAUAAUAGUUUGGAUUUAAAUAUUAUUUAGAACGAAACAAUAUUAAAACAGAAAAGUGUGGGAAACUGAUUGUAAAUCUUGAGAACACAGAACGCCUCAUAAAGUAACAUUUACAUGAACCAAGUUGUUUUUAAUCUAUUCAGAGUAACUCUAUAUCUGUAACGGAAUAUGUUGAAAUUUAUUGAAUUUCGUUUUGUGAUUGAUUGAUAUUAUAUUAUUGCGUUUAGAAUUCUGUAUUACGAAUAAGAUUAUUUAAUUAAUAAUGAGUAGUAUUCAGUUUGAAAAAAAAAUUCAUUGAUUAUUAUUUAUUGAAUGUAUCUUGGCAGAUAAUGAAAUGAUAUUUAUUGAUUGGAUCCAUUAUUUUUCGUGGAUGUUUUUUUAUUAUUUUAAUGAUAAUUUGAUUUUAAUUCAGUAAUAAACUUUCUUUGCUUUUAUUGAUUUAGUAAGAUACAAUAUUUAAAAUUCGAUUUGUGCAUUUAAUUUAAGAAUUAACAUACUAAGUGGAAUUAGUUUUAUUAUAAUUACAUUGUUUGGAAUCUUUUCAAAUUAUUUUAACAAUUUUCUAAAGUAUCUAACAUUGAUGCAUUCGGAAGACUGAAUAUUAAAUAUUUGAAUGAUUUAAAUUUUCAUUUUGUUUGUAAACAAUAUAUUUUCAGUAUUAGUUGCUUUAAGGGUCUAAUUUUAACAUUUUACAAAUACUUAGGUAUGUGUGAGAUUUAUAUUUUGUCACUGUUGAGGUUGCCUUUUCUGAAGAACUCAAGAAAUCAAGAUGGCAGCCGCGAUAACUCUUCUAUAUUUUUUUAUUGCGAUUUAAGAUUAGUAUUUUAAGUACUUAUACAUAAGUUUCUGUGUAUUUUUAUAUGUUUGUCCAAAAACUGAAAUUCCAAUUCGGUCAAAAUAUGAAAUCAAUUAAUAAUGAUUUUGAUUGAAAAUACAGUUGUAAGAUAUAAUGAAUGAUUCGCUGUUUCAUUGUUUUUAUUUAAUGUAAUUCUAUUAGCGCUCAAUGUUCACGAUUAAAGCGGCUUUAAACACA